UUACUUUAUUUUAAUUCUGGCAUUUUAGUGAUUUAAAUAACUUGAUCUUGCCAUGGAUGUUGUCAACAGAUAAUAGAAUGGAUCAGUAAUACCAACACAUACAGAGAAUAGGAAAGAAUGUACACUGUGCACAUAAACUUUGUUCUUGACCAUGCACUGAACCUAGUCGCUCUUAUCAUCAGACGUUUGGAUCAGCUUCUGCUGCUCAUCAUCACGGAUUAGUCGUGUUGCUUUGCUGUUUUAUUUGCCUUGCUGUAUCAUGUCCUUCUUACUUUAAUUGACAACUCUGGGUGACUUAAGGUGACAAGUAUAGUUUCAUUUCUGUCAUGUUUGGGGUAUUUAUGCUGUGCUAUUUAUAGUGUAUGCUUUAACACAGAAAAAGAAGACGUUACAUAACAUCUUCCUUCAAGUAUUUGCAAUAGGUUCUUCUUGAUCGUUCACAACCUUAUUUGAUUUUUGAAAUUUUUAUGUUUAAUCUUCUGGGAGGAACUGCUGUGUUUUAAAAGGAGUCUGAGGGAAUAAGUGAAUGAAUGAUUCCAUCAUAGAGAGCUCCAGACGUAUAUGCUGUAAUUCUGCAGCGGUAACAUGUUCUCUGGCUUACAUUCCUAGUAGCCAACUAAUUUUAAAGGGUGACUUUCUCCCCUGUUUUAAAGUUUUGUUGAUUUUUCCUUUGCCCUAAUAAAAUGGAAUUUUCUGCUUUAUAGUGAUGAAACGUCCUUUAUGUAACCUAACUAACCCUCACAAGAGGAAAAAAGAAACAAAAUACCACUAACCCUUUCUAACUCCAGGUAUAGGUGUUUCAAACUGGAAGGGGGGGGGGGAGGCAAAAGGGAGUUUGAUUGACGGUUUCUAUAGAAACCGCAGAUCCUCCGCCCCCAAAAUGUGAAAUGGCCAAUGAGGGGGCUCGGCUGGGCCAGCAGGCUGCUUGUGCCAUAUAGUAUGCAGCUAGCCGAGGAGUCACGUUGGGGGGAGCCGCGGAGAGGAGCGAUCCGUUUACACUACUUUGCUAGAGCAGCUAUCUUAAUGGUUACUGCGUGGCCGGGAGGAAACCUGAUCGGCUAGAUCCAGCCGAAAGCAGGAGGAGUGGACUUUGCGGAGAGAGAGAACAAGGGGGGGAAACAUGUCUUCUGCCUCCCCCGCAGACAAGCUCCCGAGCGCGAUCAAGCAGGAGAAUGUGAUGGAAAUCCUCUCCGAAGCAGGCACGGUGCCCCGGGACAAGGCAGUCCUCACCCCUGCCCCCCCCCCCCCGCCUGCCCCUGCCCCUUUCCCCAUGGAGCAAGCGGGCUCCGCUGCUAGGGAGGAGGGAGCUGCAGAUCAGAUACUGCUCCACACGGAACUUUUGGCCAGGAAUCACCAUGCUGCUGCCGCCUCCUCUCCCUCCUCCUCCUCCUCCUCCCAGACCCCCCUGGCUUUCUCCCCGGAUCAUGUAGCGUGUGUCUGCGAGGCGCUGCAGCAAGGUGGGAACCUGGACCGCCUGGCCAGAUUCCUGUGGUCUUUGCCCCAGAGCGACCUGCUACGUGGCAACGAGAGCCUGAUGAAAGCCCGGGCGCUGGUGGCUUUCCACCAGGGCAUCUACGCGGAGCUCUACAGCAUCCUGGAGGGCCACAGCUUCGACUCCGCCAACCACCCGCUGCUGCAGGAGCUGUGGUACAAGGCGCGCUACACCGAGGCGGAGCGAGCCCGGGGCAGACCCCUGGGGGCGGUGGACAAGUACCGGCUGCGGAGGAAGUUCCCGCUGCCCCGCACCAUCUGGGACGGCGAGGAGACGGUGUACUGCUUCAAGGAGAAGUCCCGCAACGCGCUCAAGGAGCUCUACAAGCAGAACCGCUACCCCUCGCCGGCCGAGCAGCGCAACCUGGCCAAGCUCACCUGGCUCUCUCUGGACUCAAAACCUAUGAAUAAUGUCACUGUAAUGAAAUACCAUAUUUCUGUCUUUCCUCAUAGCGAGUCAGAUGGCAACCCUAGCACAGAAGAUGAAUCCAGUAAGGGACAGGAGGAUUUAUCUCCACAUCCACUCCCCAACUCGUCCGACGGAGCUACCAGCCUCAGCCUUCCCAAUCACAUGGAACCGGUGUACAUGCAGCAGCUUGGAAACGCUAAAAUAUCUUUAAGUUCUUCUGGCGUUUUGCUGAAUGGAAACCUAGUGCCUGCCAGUACUUCUUCUGUCUUUCUUAAUGGGAGCUCUUUUCUCCAGGGACCUAAUGGAGUAAUCCUCAAUGGUCUCAAUAUGGGGACUUCACAGGCAGUAACUUUAAAUCCACCCAAAACAACUUCAAGUGCUGUAAGCAAUGGCGUGUCAAUCACUGACAUAUUGGUGUCUUCUUCUGAAGAUGUCAAGGACUUCAAAAUCCUCCAGGCUUCUGUGUCUAACUCGGCAGCAGCACCCACAACAUACAGUCCCAGUAAUGUACCUGUCUCAUUCCCAGGGUUAAUACCGAGCACUGAGGUGAAAAGGAAAAGCAUACAAACUGUUGCUUCUCAGGAUGGAGGGUCUGUAGUUACUUUUACUGCUCCUGUCCAAAUAAACCAGUAUGGCAUUGUCCAGAUCCCUAAUUCAGGAACAAAUGGCCAGUUGCUUAAUGGAACCGUCGGGUUUUCUCCUCUGCAGCUGCCUCCUGUUUCUGUGGCAGCUUCACAAGGUAACAUUUCCAUAAAUCCAAGUACGUCAGAUGGGGGGACUUUUACAAGUGAUUCUUCAACAGUGCAGCAAGGAAAGGUUUUCUUUAGUCCUCUUGCUCCCAGUGCAGUGGUGUAUACAGUUCCCAAUUCAGGUCCAGCAAUCGGAUCUGUAAAACAAGAAGGAUUGGAAAGAAGCCUUGUGUUUUCUCAAUUAAUGCCAGUCAGUCCGAAUACACAGCUAAAUGUAUCUUCUGAAAAUGUUUCUGGUGGAGGCCUCCAGUCCAUGGCUUCCUCUUUAGUAAAUGUAACACCCUCACAUAAUUUUUCCCUAGCUCCGCCUUCUCUUUUAAAUGCUGCAGAACUGAACUCUGAUAUCUCAGAGAGUCAGUCUAUGUCAGCCUCUGUAACAAAUACAUCUACUGUGAUAUCAAUCAGCAACACUAACUAUGCAACUCUUCAGAACUGUUCCCUCAUCACCAGUCAAGACCUCAUGUCAAUUACUACAGUGCAGCCUACACUCGGGGAAAUAGUUUCUACAACUGGAGACCAUGUCACUCAUCCAUCUGCACAAGUUCACCCGGAUUUUGUCAGAGAGCACAGGUUAGUUCUGCAGUCAGCACCUGAUGUCAAGGAAAAUUUCUUAUCCAAUUCUGAGAGUAAGUCAACCAGCAAUUUAAUGCUGCUGGACACAAAAUCCAAAUACGUUAUGAGCAAUAUGGUUGACACGGUCUGUGAAGAACUGGAAACGGACAAAAAAGAGCUUGCCAAACUCCAGACAGUUCAGAUGGAUGAAGAUAUGCAAGAUUUGUAACUUAUUCUUGCUUUUGGUUUCAGUAGAUAAGUCUCCUCACAAGGCCCUAAAAAGCACCAUGAUUUUUCUCAUUUAAAGAUAGUAGUAAUACCGCUGAAAACAGAAGAACAUUUGAAUAAUCUGCAUUAAAGCACAUGGGAAUUUACAAUAGUGAAAUUAGGUUGCCACAUUUUGUUUGCAUGCAGUAUGCUCUUUUAAUAAAAUUAAGGGAGGCAGGUUAGAGGAAACAAGAUAAACAACCAAGCAAAUAUGUGUUGCUCUGGUUUUACUAAUAUAACCCUAAUAGUUUAUCUAGAAUCUCCAUGCCACAACAUAAUUUCAAAAAUAAGUCCACAUUCUUCAUACUAGCAAGGAAAAUGAAAUGUUUUUAUAAAAAUGUAGAAACAAUGCAGUUUUUGUUGUUUACUCCUAGUCCACGGGCAUUGAACAGAUUUUAAGAAACUAGACGAUACCUCACAAGCUACUUUAAUGGUGUUUGAGGUUAAGAAACUGAACACAAUUGCAAAUAAUAUUGUCACUGUUUUUUUUUCCCAGCAGACUUCUGUUCAUCCCAAAAAUCUUGCUUCAAACUUUUGCAGAUUUCUAAAUGUUAUGACUAGCAUUUUGCCAGUUCAGCUGGGGAGGGAAGGAUUUGAAACACUAAUUAUGCAACUCUAAAGCUUUCACUCCAGUAUGAAUGUAAAUAUUCCAGUUAUUACAAAGGAGACUUUUUUAUUGGUACAGUGGAUUUUAUUUAUGCUUUAUAUUGGUCUCUUUCACUUUAGAUACAGUGCAUUGAAAUGUUUUCUGACUGUUUAAUUUAUUUUUAUUGUUUGAACAGGAAGUAAACAAUUAUUUACAACAAGGUUUUACUUUUUUGUAGGGUGGUCAAGCAAUGAGUUUUAUCAAUAGAGGUUGUAAAAGUACAAUGUUAAUCACACUGAAACUAGAAAAUGAACUCCCAGUAUUGCAAGAUUGGAACAUUUUUCGCUCCCAUAUUUGUGUUUGGUUUUUUGGGGUUUUUUUGUUAUGUUUUGUUUACUUAGUAAUUUUCAAAUUAGUGAAAAGUUUUAUGUAUUUUUUACAGAAUUCUACGUGCCUUUCUUCUUAGUGGCCUUAUAUUCUUGUUACUAAAGCACAGUGGCAGGAGGAAUGAAAACACGUGUGCAAUUAUCCAUCCUCAGGGCCAGAUUAUGCCCAUCUUACUCUUGUGAGUAGCUCCAUUUAAGUUAAUGUGCCUACUUCCCUGAGUAAGACAAGUUGGUCUCUGGGGCAUUUUGGGUGAAAUCAGUUGUGUGAGGAGUCAGAGUAAGGCCCUCUGCAUCAUUUAAGUUUGCAGAGGAGGGUUCACAGAGGUACUGUGGGCAGAGCAACAAAGAAGAAAACCUUCAUGUAGGCCAGCACAGACAACUAUGAUUGGCUAGGCCAGGGAAGAAAGUUCUAUAUUUACAAGGUUCCGAUGGCCCUGAUGCUCCAUGCAACUGGUGUGAAGGCGCUUUCUUCAACUGGGGCCUUAAGCUGCAACAGAAACCCCUAAUGGUUAGAGGGAGCUGUGCGGGGAAGACAGUGUUUGCUAGCUGUGAGCUGAGGAAAGAUUUCAGUUUCCUAGCCCUCUGCAAGCCAUCCACAUACGUCCCAAACACUCAGCUCCAUACGGAUAGAGCAGAUUUCACCAUUUGUCUAUAGGAUUUUUUUUAACUUGAAAAAUCACAACCUUAAGCUUUAAUAAUAAUAAUUAUUAAUUAAUAAUGAAGAUCUAUGAAGAACUUCUCACUGUUGAUAUUUUUAACUCUAUAUGAAUAAAAACAAUAAUUGAAGCAUGCAUGAGUCAUAAAAGGCCUGACUCAAAGCCCAUUAAAAUCAGGAGAAAGACUUUCAAAGACUUCAGUGGGCUUUUGUUGAGGCCUACAUGAACUGAUACAGAACAUCUUUUGCACACACACACAAAAAAAAGACCAAAACAAUUUAAAGGACAACAAAGAGAGAUAAUAUCAGUUCUGUCCAGGAGCAUCCCUGUCUCAUUCUCUCUUGAUAGCUAACUUGUUUUAUCAAAAAUGUUUAGAGAAGUGGCUUUUCCCACUGUGUGACACUGUUUUGCACUAUAUUGCAUACAAUUUGUUCUUGUAAGUAACAGCAUGGAACCUCUAAGCUGACCUGCGAAGAAUUGUUUCAUUCAACAUUGCAGCCUGAGGUUUGGGGAAGGGACAGGAUGGAGGAAUAUGUUCUGUAAGAAGAGAUCAUUGAGGCUUUCCAGUGUAUAUGGAGAAAAGAAAGCAGCUAGCCAGUUGGCUACUUCCCUGACUAGCAUAAAUGUUGUUAAAAGUAAGCAAUUUAAAACAUUUAAUUAUUAUUAAAAACAUGGAGCCACAAAAUGCCCUGAGUCUGCAGGCAUGCCUCCCACUGACCUGAGGCAUGGUUUGAGCACAGGAUAGAAAGUUAGGCCUGGUCUACACUAGACCAGAAAGUUCAGCUUAAGGUUAGCAACUCCAGCUACGUAAAAUGCGUAGCUGGAGUCGGGUUACCUUAAGCUGAACCUUGGCAGUGUCCAUGCUGCAGGAGGCUGAUGGUAGCAAAUGCUCCCAUUGGCUUCCCUUAUUCCUCGCAAAAGGAGUAGUACUGGACACGGCCGGGAGUUGCCCUCAGCAUUCAAUGUACAGGUCUAUACUACACCUGCUAAAUCGAAUGCCAGAAAAUCGACCCCCCCGGAAUGUCGAUCUUUCAGUAAGUAUAAACAUAACCUUAGGGACCUAAGAAUUCCAGUCCUUGCUCUGACACUGUUUCUUCCUGUAGUAUCUGAGCAUCUCACAUACACCCUCUAUGGCCUGGGACAAGUCAUGUGACCCUCCUGCUUCAGUUCAUCCAUCCAUAAAAUGAGGAUAACAAUAAUAAUUAUCCAUUUUGCAAGAAUCUUGCAAGAAUUAAUUUGUUAAUGUUUGAAGAAUAGAGACACUAUAUGUUAUUAUGUAUUAUAUUUUUACAUGAAUGGAAAUUGUAUGCAUGGAUUGAAAGCUGUGUGUGGCUCUAGAGGUUGUUCUGAGCCUCAUGUUUUGUUCUGCAAAGCUCAAACUGUCUUUAGAGGGAAGUUAGUGAAUAUUUCAUAUAACUUUCUCAGCUGUUAAAACAAUCAGAUAUUAUAAUAGAAUUGCUAUGCUGUUCUGCCAGCACACAUGCUGCUGGUAACUUUUCUGUUUGUAUUAACUAUGUUACUGAGGCAAUGAAUUACAAUGCAUUUUGGUUGACAUGAAAAUGGUAUUUGUCAAUCAGUGGUGCAUAUCUCAGAAUGUCUGGUACUUUUAACAAGAGUAUUGCCUGUCCUACAUAAUGCAGGGACAGCAAGAGGUGCAAAAAUGUCAGAUAAGUCUAUUCUAGUCUUCCAGGAAGCAAGUAAUUUAUUUUCUCUUUACUUCUCUUCCCCAUCAAAAAUAAGUGUCAUUCCCUCCAUAUGAUCUAAUAAUAAUCUCUGUUUUCUGCAGGUACACAUAUGCAUAAUGCGUGUCAUUGCCCAAUACAGUGUUUUUAUAGUGGCUAUUUAAAUAGUAUUUUUACUCCUACAGUAAAAAAAAGGGUCAGUUUAUUACAAUGUGGUCCUUAAAUAUCUGCCCAGACAAGCAGAUUACCUGCCUUCUUUACACAGUAUACACAGCCCUUUACAGUAUUUAGGGUCAGAACUUCAACUGCUGUAAAUAGGCAAAGUCCCCAAAGCAGCUUUGAAAAUCUCUGCUUUAUAGUCUUUACAGUGAUGCUCUCUUGUUUAAAUGGAAGACAUACUUACAAUAUUUUGGUCAAGUAAAAUAUCCUUUUCCCCCUCUUCCAUUUAAUGUGGAUGAAUAUAAAGGUACACUUAAACUUUACAUAUGAAGUAUGUGUGCUAUAAUUUUUUACUUGUAAAUUGAAAAGCAGGUUGGCAUCACAUCAUGUCCAUCUACAGGAAGUGCACAAUGACCUAAAGUUAAGCCCCCCUCAAUCGUACAGGAAAUGUUGCCAAAUUCUGCUAAAUCUUUGACUGGAUUCUAUAGAAAUUUUGGGGAAAUAUGAAAGCUCAUUAAGCACAUUUUUCAAAAUGUCAAAGUUUUUGAACAAUUUUAUUAUUUUUCUUAAUUUCACCCUGAUGUUGCUGAGAACCAGAAGACUCAUUAAUGUUAGCAGAGCAUCCAGGUAGUUGCCUCCUUCAGUCUUGCAGUCCAGUGAAGUAUUCUUUCAACUGACUCCACCCACACCGAAUAAACAUGUUUAUGGACCCAGUUAGGACACAUCCUCAGCUGGUGUUAAUCCGCAGAAAUCCACUGAAGUUAACAGAGCUAUGUCAGAUUACACCAGCUCAUUUCACUGGAGUUAUACCAGGUUUGAAUUUGGCCCAAUAUAUAGUGCCAGUAAUGAAUUAACUAACAAGGUUGAUCUAUUCUUAGUGUUGACAUCAGAUUUCCAAGUUAACACCCUAUUGAAAUUAAUGGGGCAGUUUACAAUUCUUAGAAUUAUUGUUUCAUUAUGUCUGUGGACUAUGGAAGACAGAAGUCCAUUGAUUCAAAUUAAGAAAAUUGUUUUCCCGACCAUAACUGCUAGAAUAAUUUCUUGAAACAAAAGCUUAAAUUCUCCCAAAUCUACGGUGAGGCAAUAAGGGCUAUGUUCUGUAACUAAAAAACUUAUAUACCCCCAUUGAUUGCAAAUACGUUACAGGGGACAGAAUUUGGCUCAUAUUGGUAGGGAAUGCUUGGAAAAGUCCCCAUGCAUAGAUUUCCAGGGCCCGUGCACCUUUAAUAACGAAAAUUAUGUAUCCCGCCUGCUUCUUUUGAAACAAGUGUAUGGAACUCCAAUAGGCAUGUGUCAUAGUAUCAUGAUCAGGAAAUAUCUGAAGUUGUUAAAAUAUUAAUAAUUUUGAAACAAUGAAAAGAAAAUAGUGAAAUUUUUAGAAGAAGAAACAUGAAGUCUUCCUGUAUCUCUUAGAAAUCCUACCCUGAAGAUAUUUUAUAUCUAACUUAUACAUUUCAUAUAAUAUAAAACUACCUUCUUACAUUUCUACACUCAAGGAGCAUGUGGAUCUUUUGGCUUUCAGGAUUCACAUUCAAAGGGUAUUCAUUAUUUUGCUGCAUGUACUGUUUGUCCAGAACUAACCAGUUAUUUCUGUAAUCAGUAUGGGUUUAUUGUGCCUUACCAGAAAGAUGAAAUCUUCACGGAAUGUAUGCAUUGGGGUAGAAAAUAAAUAGAAGUCUUUACUGCACCAUUCAGUGAUGGUAUACAAACCUAUCACCAAACCUUUUUCUGCUUAUGACCCAACCAAAGAGAUCUAAGGUGUGUAAGUUUGUGGUACUGUAAUAGGGGUUUGUGCCUGGACAGUUAAGUGUUUUAUUUGUAUUCUGAGAUGAUGUGAACUUAUUUUUCUAAACACUAUACUGAAUAAACUUUAUAUUUAUACACA